CGUACUUCUCAUUAUCCACUGGGAAUCAUGCGCUCUACCUUUUUCAACCUCGCUCUCCUAGCUGGAGUGUCUCUAGCCCACCCUCACAGAUAUGCGGCUAAUGGUACUUAUGAGCAAGAGACUCGCAGCAUGGACGAGAUCUACCAAGCAGCGUUGGCUGAGGGCGGCGUUGUUACCCUCUGGCACGGUGGUGACGAGCCUGGGCAGCAGGACUUCUUAAAGCAAAUGUUCGAAACUCGCUUUCCCAAUAUGACUCUCAACGUUACCGUCGACGUGUCCAAGUACCACGACGGCAACCUUGACCUCCAGCUCGCAGCUGGCAACGUCUACAUUGACAGCAUCAUCCUCCAGACCCUGCAUGACUAUCCACGCUGGAAGAAGGAGGGCGCUUUAUUGAACUACGCUCCAGUCAACUUUGACAGUAUCUAUCCUGUCUUCAAGGAUGAAGAUGCCGCCUACGCUGGUCUCUUUCUCAUCUCCUGGUCUAUCCAAGCCAACACCAACAAGAUCGACACGGUGCCGACUUCGUACCAGGACUUCACCAAGCCUGAGUUCAAGGACAAGAUUGUGCUCACCUACCCCAACGAUGACGAUGCUGUGCUGUGGCAGUUUGACCUCCUACUCAAGGACCCCAACUUCGGCUAUGAAUGGUUCGAAGCCCUCCUCGCCAACAAUCCUCGCUGGGUCAGGGGCACCGCCACUCCCCCAGCGCUCAUGAAUUCGGCCAACAGCAGUAGCGCAGCUACUUUCACAACAUUCCAUCCCUUCGGUCAAAACCGCACAGACUACAGCGCCGUCCACCCUACUGUAGGCAACUUCACCUCCUGGGCACAGACCGGCGCUAUCUUGAAAGACGCACCGCACCCUGAGGGCGCCAAACUGCUACACAACUACCUCCUAAGCGACGAGUAUCAGCAGAACCAGUGGAGCACAAGGAGUGAUAUUGCGCCGCCGCCCGGUGCAGAGAGGCCGCUUGAGGAGACUAACUCGUAUGCGCCCGACUUCAUUACGUGGAUGGCUGAUCGCGAGAACGUGGAGAGGCUGAGGUUCUACUUUGAGGAUAAGAUCGGUACUCCGCAGGGUCUGAGCCCGCUUGAGGAUGACUUGUAAGCGAAUAUAAACGGUAGUUCUAGAUAGACGCUAGCGCGAUGUACAUAAGGG